GCCGGCCACCGUUGGAAGCUCGAGCGAGGUCAAGCCGGGUGCGAGACCGGCUCACAGCCCUGCAGAGCCACUCUAGCGAGCGAUCUCACCAACAGGAGGGCGAGCCCGAGGUGGCAGAGCGAAAGAGCGUCGCUCCCUUCCUCGCCGAGUGGAAGUCCACCCACCGCCAUGCCCGUCUCGUCCGAGUCGCUCGAGGCCAAGAUCCGCUCCAGCUGGCCCGACCUGACCCACUGUCAAGUGUUUGACAUCUCGGGUGGUUGCGGUGCCUCCUACGAGGUCAUCAUCGUGUCGCCAUCUUUCGCCGGCAAGACGACCCUCAAGAAGCACCGCGAGGUCAACGACAAGCUCAAGGACGAGAUCGCAGAGCUGCACGCUUUCACUCAGAAAUCCUACACGCCCGAGCAGUUUGAGAAGAUCAAUGUCGUGACGGCCUGAGUGUGCGACGACGCAAGGACACGUAGACCCGGCGCGAGAAGGAGGAGCCGUACCCCUUCCUCGAGCCCGAACAGCUGUUGUACCAUCGUCGUCGCGCGCCUUGUCCCGG